GCUAGCUAUUGAUUGGUCGAUGAGGAGAUGUAAAAAAUGGCUGCCUUGCCUUCUCCUACUCAGGUGGCAGGGACCCACAGUGCAAUAUACGAGGCUUAUUAUCAUCAAGUGGAUCCCCAAGGUACUGGAGCCAUUCAAGCGCUAGAUGCUGCACGGUUUCUUAAGAAAUCAUAUCUCAGCGAUGUGGUCCUCAGCAAGAUAUGGGACCUCUCUGAUCCCACUGGAAAGGGAUACCUUGAUAAGGCGGGGCUGUUCGUGGCGCUGAAGCUGGUUGCGCUGGCGCAGACCGGCCGCGACAUCAACAUGAGCAACAUACACGUAGACGCGCCGCCACCUAAAGUAGGUGAGAUACCGAAAGUGUCUCACGUAGCGCCGGCGCGGCCAGCGGCGCCGUCGCCCCUAGCGCCUCUCAGCGACUGGAGCAUGAAGCCGGCCGAGCGAGACAAGUACAGCCAGCUGUUCGACUCCCUGCAGCCCAGCAACGGCCUUAUCGCCGGGAACAAGGUAAAAGGUGUGCUGAUGGAAUCAAAGCUCCCUCUAGACACUCUCGGUAAAAUAUGGGACCUCGCUGAUCAAGAUAAGGACGGUAUGCUGGACAGACAUGAAUUUAUGGUGGCGAUGCACCUAGUAUACAAGGCGCUGGAGAAACACGCCGUCCCCACCAGCCUGCCCCCCGAGCUGCGCGCUCGCGGCGCCCGCCCCCCGUCGCGGCCCCCCUCGCGGCCCCCCUCGCGCCCCCCGUCGCGGCCCCCCUCCCCGCAACCCAGGGCGCCGCCUCCGAGACCCGUGCAGCCUUCCCAUCAACCUUCCUCCAAUGCAGCCUUGUUAGAGGGGCUGUUGGAUCUGUCCACCCCGCCAUCGCAGACAGCUCCAUCGCCCAUCCCGGGCAUGGGUCCCGGUCCCGUGGCGGCGACCAUGGGGUCGUCGCUCGUUUCACCCAUGCCCGCGGGUGCGGGGAUGACGGGAACCGGCAUGGGGACAAUGGGAACCGGUGUGGGGACAACGGGAAUCGCGUCGGGGACACCGGGAAUCACUUGGGUGGUGACGCCCGCAGAGAAGGCGGUGUACGACGCGCAGUUCCACGCGGCCGAUAUGGAUCGCGAUGGUUUCGUGUCUGGCGCAGAAAUCAAACACACUUUCCUGGAGUCUGGGCUGCCACAGCAAACUUUGGCUCAUAUAUGGGCAUUGUGCGACAUCGGCGGCACGGGCAAGCUGUCCCGGGAGCAGUUCGCGCUGGCCAUGUGGCUGGUGGCACGCGCCGCCCGCGGCCUGCCGCCCCCGCCCGCCCUCGCGCCCGACAUGAUGCCGCCCGCCCCGGGCCCGGCCCCGGCCCUGGCCGCGCCCCACACGCAGCAAUCGUCGCAAGCUCACGAGCCGGCGCUGAGCCUAGGCCCGCAGCCGACGCCGGAGAUGGAGGCGAUAGCUCGCGAAGUGGACACUCUAGCACGCGAGCGGCUCGCGCUCGACGCCGAGCUGGCCGCCAAGCAGCGCGAGCUCGGCGUCAAGGCCGGCGAGGCGGACAGCCUGCAGAGCGAGCUCGACACGUUGUCCGCCACAUUAAAACAGUUAGAAAACCAAAAAGGAGAAGCACAAAAGAGACUAAACGAUUUAAAAGCACAGGUGGAGAAACUACGGUCGCAGGUGUCCGCACAAGAGGCAGCAGCGGCCGAGACUGAGGCGGAGGUCGCCGCGAGACUCCAAAGCGCUGCCACGCUGCAGCAUCACCAGCAUGAGCUGCAGCAGCAAGAGGCCGCUGCUCGACAGACGGGCGAAGCUCUCGCCGCGCAGCUGAGUCGCGCCGUGCUCACAGUGCGGCAGGCGAACAUCAAGAUCGAACACCUAGAAGAGCAGCACCGGCUGAUAGAGAACGCUAUCGAAGCCCUCGCAGCUGGCGGCCCUGCUGCAGCUGCAGCUGCACAGCUGCAGGCGCAGUUCUCCAGCUCACACCUCGACAAGCUGGUCCGCGGGGCCACGCCCAGCGACGCGCUCGAAGACGAGUCGUUUACCAAGAACGAAUUCGGCGCGAUGAACGGUUCGGCGGGAUUCGGCGCGGACCCGUUCAAGGACGCGGCGUUCGGCGGUACCGGCGUGUCGCACAACGACCCCUUCGCGCCCAACGGAAAUACGGCGCCAACACAGGACGGUUUCGGUUCGGAUCCGUUCGCACCCAGCGGCGCUGCGGACCCCUUCGCCGGAGAUGCGUUCGCACCCGCAGACAAUAAGAACAAAGCAAAUGACGAAGCGUGGGAGGCGGAUCCGUUCGCCGUGCUGCACGCGCCGGCGCGGGCCCCCUCCCCCGGGUCUGGCCCCGCGGCCCCCGCGGCCCCCGCGGCCCCCGUGGCCCCCGCAGCCCCCGCGUCGGCCGCCACCCCGCGCCUGCCCCCCAAGCAGCCCCCGCCGCGCCCCGCGCCGCCCCGCCCCACGCCCCCGCACAAGGCCCGCGCGGCCAGCGCCAUGGACUUCACCGAGGACCCGUUCAAGGACUACCGCUACGAGGACCCCUUCAACAUCGAAGACCCCUUCGCCGACGCACCGGAUGCGGCCCGUCAGCCGCGCCCUUCUUCCGCCGCCGCCUUCAAUUCGGAUUCCUUGUUUCUCCCCCCACCUGCCUUCGCCGCUCCCCCUUCCGCCUCCGAUCGUCCGGCCCAAUCGCGGGGCGGGCGAGUGUCGGCCCCUCCCCUCACUACGGAUCCGUUCGCCGCCCCUUUCUCGACCCGCCCUGCCGACAGCGACACGUGGGCCGCGUGGCCCGACGACAACUGGGUCGCGGACGACAACUGGGCCCAACCUACCCCGCCCCGGCCCGCGAAAGACCGAUCGAUCAAAGCGGACAAUUGGCCGAACAAAUCGGCCACCUGGGCGAGGACGACCGACGAGCGGUCGAAGGACGAUUGGGCCGACUGGGGCGCCGCCCGCGACGAGAACCUUAACGAAACGUGGCCUACGAGCACCUUGCCUGCUAAGAAAGAUCGGAGCCCGAAGCCGGUGAAGUAUGCGAAGUCUCUGGUGCACACGAUAGGCGGGAUAGGGCGGACGAAGCAGGCCAAGAAUAAAGGAAAGGGCUCGGAAGCUUUGCCUUCGGAGGAACAGCAAUGGGCUUGGGCGGCGGCAGAUUCGCGACGUUUACAGGCAGAAGCGGCUGCUAGACGACGCCAGGAAGAUGCAGAGUUGCAGCUCGCGCUUGCCAUCUCGCGACAGGAACACUAAAUACGAGGGACUCGUUACUAUAUUCACGAGCGUUAACCCCCAAUAACACGUGGAAUAGACGAACGUCGCGCUUAUAUAU